CAUUUUAUCUCAUACAAACAGCGUUUAUACGACAUGUCGCUGUAGUCAGAAUACUUUCACAUUUACUAAAAUUUGUGAACAAGAACAGUUUUGUGUUGUUAAUUAAGUAAACGUUUUGGUAUUGACAAAUGACAAUGGAUGAAGAGACAUAUUCCAAGAACGAUGUCGUUAUUAAAGUGAAGAAUUUAAAAGUAUGGACUUCAGAAGAAAAAUCAUGGUGGCGGCGAAAAUCUUCCAAACCAGCUGUGAUUGUUUUGGACAAUGUUUCAGUUUAUAUGAAAACAGGGGAGUUUGUCGCAGUAAUCGGACCGAGUGGUGCAGGCAAAACAACAUUUCUUAUGACAAUGGCUGGAAAAUGUACUCUUCCGUAUAGCGGUACGAUUAAAGUGAAUGGUCAAAAUAUUAAAGAUGUACAGGGUUUGGUGGACAUUGUACCACAAUUCGAUGUUUUCGUGGAGAGUCUUAGUGUUGAGGAGCACUUGGUGUUUAUGACAGAAAUGAAAUUAGGCAGUGUUAGUAAAUCAUCUAACAAAGAAAUGCUAAAAUCACUCCUUCGCGAAUUCAAGUUGGAGACGCUGAAACAUUCGCCAAUAAGUUCGCUAUCAGGUGGGGAACGAAGGCUGCUCUCCUUAGCUACUUCGCUAUUAUCAAAUCCUGAAAUCUUGAUAUGCGAUGAACCAACAACAGGUCUUGAUAGUUAUAACGCGGUUCUCGUGGUAGAAGUCUUAAAGGCAUUGUCAAUAAGUGGAAAGAUAGUAAUCUGCUCAGUACAUCAACCUUCAUCAGAUCUCUUUAAGGAGUUCAAUUCCAUAUCAUUGAUGGCUGAAGGAAAAUUGCUGUUUCAUGGAUCACAAGAGGAUUGUAAAAAAACAUUUGAGAGACUCAACCUACGCUGUCCACAGAACUACAAUCCAGCGGAAUUUUAUAUGAAGGCCAUUUCCAUGGACUUGAGUAAUAAAAACUAUGGUCUGGAAACUAACCGUUGCGUGGAUGAAGACGAAACUGGUUCCGUAGCGGCGCAGCGAGACUUACACGGGUGUCGAAGGAACUGGUUCAGACAAGUGCAGCUCUUGUUAUGGCGGUCAUCACUCGUGUUCAAGGGCAACAUUAAGAACUACUUUUUUCAGCUAUUUCUAAAUACAGUAAUAUCUUCACUCAUUAUAAAUACAUGUUAUAUUGGUAUAUCUGGUACAACACAGAAAGGCGUCCAAGAUUUUAGAGGAUUUCUCUGGUUAAUUUGCUCUGAGGUUUCAUUCAGCGUCUCAUAUUCCGCUUUGUACGCUUUUGAGAGCGACCUAACUUUGUUUAAAAGAGAAGCAGGCAUCUAUACGGCAUCCAGCUUCUAUGUUAGCAGAUUUUUAACAUUAGUGCCUCGGUGUAUAAUAUGGCCCAUCGCGUAUGUCGCAAUCGCGACAUUAGCAGUGGAUCUGCCGAACCAUUUACUCACUGCGGUGAAAUUUACAGUUUCCCUUAUCGCAAUGGCCAUCGCUUCUACUGCUUAUGGCCUAGGCAUGGGAGCUCUUUUCAUUUCGACGGGUAUGAUGGGUGACGUGAUGCCCUGUGCAGACCUCCCUCUCUUUCUCAUGUCUGGUGCCUUCCUCCGGAUAUCAUCCCUCCCUCUCUGGCUUUAUCCGCUGAAGUACUUCUCGCAUUUUUAUUACGGAUUGGAUGCUCUCAGCAACGUUUACUGGCGUCAGAUUGACUGGAUUGAAUGUUCUUCAAAUACAACAUCUAUAUGUCUAAAUAACGGGGAGGCAGUGUUAUUAGAAAACGGAUACUCGAGUAAUUUUAUACUUCAGGAUACUUCUGGUUUAUUAUUUGUCACUAUUAUAUGGAGCCUUUUAGGAUAUUACGGUUUAAAAAGAGAAGAAAAUUUAGGAUAUGCUUAUUGAGUUACUUAUUUUUUUAUCCAUGUUCCGAAUCGGUAAUAAACGACUAAUUAAUUUCAAAUUAGAAUUUAUGAUACAGUAGACAGUAGUAGACAGUAACAGCCUGUUAAUGUCCCACUGCUGGGCUAAGGCUUCCUCUCCCUUUUGAGGAGAAGGCUUGGAGCUUAUUCCACCACGCUGCUCCAAUGCGGGUUGGUAGAAUUCAUAUGUGGCAGAAUUUCAGUGAAAUUAGACACAUGCAGGUUUCCUCACGAUGUUUUCCUUCACCGUAAAGCACGAGAUGUAUUAUAAUCACAAAUUAAGCACAUGAAAAUUCAGUGGUGCUUGCCCGGGUUUGAACCCACGAUCAUCGGUUAAGAUUCACGCGUUCUUACCACAGGGCCAUCUCCGCCUUAUGAUACAAAUUUAAUUAUUUUUUUUUUAUUCAAUUUAUAAGACAACACAAUCUUUAGAAAAAAGAUUUAUGUAGUUUUUUAUUUCAUUUUUAGGAAUGAGUUUGAGUACUUUUUUCAUUCAUAAUAGAGGCUACCGAAUGUAAAGGUUCCUAUCGGUUAGCGCUAUCCAGAACUGCUUGUAGUGCAUAGCAUAACAGAUAUAUUAGAAAAUGGCAUGGCAUAUGUAAUACAUAUAUUGUAGACCUCAAUUGUAAAGAAGAGUUAUCAUUAUUGUAUUAGAAAAAUAUUGUAAUAUGUUUUUAAUACAUUAGGUUUAAUAACGUUUGUUUAAUAAAUGAAUGGGAAAAAAUAAAACACGAAUCUGAGCAAAUUAAAAUGUUAAUUGUUAAUAACCAUAAAAUGAUACUUGUUUUUGUGUCCUGCUGACAAGUAAAUUAUUGUUGAAAUUUGUAUUGUUAAGGAACUGAAUACAUCUAUAUAAGAUCGUAUAUAAGAUUAUAGAACGUAUUGCAAAAAUCAAUAAUUCAGGAAUGGUUUUAUUCAUGUUAGAUGUAAUUAAAGUAAAUUGAAUGACUAUGUCAAUUUACUCAUUUACUAUGGAAAGUUUCGACCUUUUUGAAUAACAUUGUUAUAUAUUUUGUUCAAAUAAGUACGUUUCGUAAUCUGUGUGUGCUCAACCAUUCCACAGGACACUAUUCAUUAAUUGACUUAUAAUAAUUAUUAUAAUCAGUUUGCAAGCUUUUGUUUAACUUAACGCGGUGUGGGAGUGCUUCAAUUAUAAUUAUCUGGGUUGCAAGUGCAACUGUCUGCUUAAAGUUUUCCACUCAACCAGUUGAGCGAAAUUUUACCACACAAUUAUGGUGCCGCUGACAAUACAAACCAGUAUGUCUUAUUUUAAUUUUUGAAAUAAACGGUUAUUCUUGAUUUAGCUUAUAAUGUUUUUUAAAUUUACUUGACGUGUUUUCAUGUGCGGUUCAAAUUAAUCUCAAUCGAUCGAAUCUUCUGAUCGAAAACUGAACUAGUUUCAAGAUUCGAUCAAUUAAGCUGAAAUUUUGCACAAACUUUUGGCGAUAAUACGAGUAUCAAAUAGU